CCAAAACGACGUUGAAGUUGUGGCCGGGGCCAGCCCGAUACUGGAAUCGAGUGUAGCGCGACCACCGAUGUAUCUUGGUGCUCACAUUUGAUUUUGCCAUCCCGCCGCAAAUGCUGCCCGAGACCGUUGAGCUCCGCGCCUUCCAGUUCUAUGGCUUCGCCUGCAAGGGCCUCUUUGCGACCGCCGACCUCCCGGCCAACACGCCGGUCUGGACGUGGGACAAGGCCACCGAGCCGCUCGAAACGUGGACGCGCCACGAGAUCAUGGCGCACGCCGACCGAGAGAAGCUUGUCAACUUCUCGUACAUGGUCGGCGAUGACGCGUUCGCAACGACGCUCGCGCCCGAACGCGACCCGACGUGGUAUUUCAACCACGCAUGCGAUCCCAACUGCUGGUUUGAAGGCGAUGGCCAAAUCGUGACGCGGCGACCCGUCAAGAUGGGCGAGCAGCUCUGCUACGACUAUGCGUGCACGGAAACCGAGUCGUCGCUUCAUGCGGGCAUGACGUGCCAGUGCGGCAGCGACAAGUGCAGAGGCACGCUCAAGUUUGACGAUUGGCGAAGCCGGGCGUUCAUCAAGGCCAACUACGGCCACGUGACCGAUUUCAUCAUGAAGAAGCACGCAGAAAACAGUUGGUACGACUCGCGCAUGGAGCUGCGCCACAAGAGCAAAUCGUCGCUGGGGCUCUUUUGCCGCGAAGACGCCGAUUGCAAGAUCCAAGCCGGCGAGAUCGUCCUCGUCUUCUCCGGGAAGGUCAUUCACAAGGACCAGUUUCUCGAGUCGGGCGCAAUGACGGCGCGGGACUUUGAGAUGUCACUCCAAGUGCACAAGGACUUGUGGCAAAUCCCGGCGUGGAAGGAAACCGGCGACAAGAUCGAGACGAGCGACUACAUCAACCACUCGUGCGACCCGACUUGCGGCAUGCAGGACUCGGUCACGGUCAUUGCCAUCCGCGACGUGUACCCGGGCGACGAGAUCACGAUCGACUACUGCAUGGUCAACGAUGGGUGCAACGACGAGCCAAGCGACAACUUUAUGUGCAAUUGCGGCAGCGCCAACUGCCGUCGCGAAAUCACGACGCUCGACUGGCAGCUACCCGAGUUGCAGAGCCGCCUCGGCCCGUACUUUGCGCCGUUCGUCAAGCACCUCAUCGAGAACCCGCCGUUCGUCGGCAUCCCGUAGCUCCCGCCCCUCGCACACGAUGAUGCCAUGCGUGGGAAGAGACGACAAUGAUGCAUCCCACUGGCAAUACCCCCGUAAUAUAAGGCCUUCGAUCUCCUAUCUGAUGCGGC